GCCUGCCGCAGUGGCCGCUGGGAGCGUGCGGACUCUGUCUCUUGCCAGCUCCAGGUGACUGGGGUCCCGCGGCGAGUAAGCUUCUGAGUUCGCGGGAUCUGCGCGUAGUUAAGCCGGAUCCAUGCUGCUCUUCUGCCCGGGCUGCGGGAACGGGCUCAUCGUGGAGGAAGGGCAGCGCUGCCACCGCUUCGCCUGCAACACUUGUCCAUACGUGCACAAUAUCACCCGCAAGGUAACAAAUCGGAAGUAUCCCAAGCUGAAAGAAGUGGAUGAUGUGCUGGGGGGAGCAGCUGCCUGGGAAAAUGUGGACUCCACUGCAGAACCAUGUCCGAAAUGUGAACAUCCCCGUGCCUACUUCAUGCAGCUGCAGACCCGCUCUGCGGAUGAGCCGAUGACCACCUUCUACAAGUGCUGCAACACUCAGUGUGGACACCGCUGGAGAGACUAGGGCCAGGUUGGCCCAGCGGCUUCUGUAGCUCCAUGGUUCACCAUGGGGGUCCCCAGCUGUGAACAUGGAUUGUGUGUGCUGAGGGUCUUUGCUGGUGGUAUGGGAAGCUGACCUUUUGGGGAUGGAUGGCCACGGUGUCAGAAGUCUGGCCCAUGUUCCAGACAGCGAAUGAUGUCCUUGAUGUGCAGUGGGUCUUGCGUACUGGGGGACCUAUGAGGGCCUGUACUCGAGAUGAGGUCCUGUCCUUCAUUUCUUCGUUCUGUGCAUUUACUGGUGUGGUAUCAGUAAACUGGUAUUUCUUUACCACCA